UUCAUUUUAGGGAGAGGAAUUAAAGCAGGCACAAAAAAAAAAAAUGUCGACUUGGCAGAAUCGCAGUGACCCAGAUUUCUUUUCUUACAAAACUUCCUUCCUUUCUUUGGGAGUUGUGACAUGAACCACUGACACUAUUACUCCCUCUGUCUCGGUUUUCCACAUUAAAAUCUGAAUCAGUCUUACUCUCACUCUCUCCGGUCAUGAAAGACUCAAAAUUAGCAAAGAAUCUUCAUCGGUCAGAGACAAUGGAAAGAAAACCAAUGAAUUCCCUCUCUGUAUUCACCAAUUCUGAGAUUAUGAAAAUGGAGAAUAUUUUCAAGGAGACACCACAACAAUCACUUACUCAGGAGUUUUUCCAAAAUCUUGCAACAAAUUUCAGCUGCCAACCAAGCCGUGUUGGAAAAUCGGAUAUAACAAGGCAACAGGUGGAAGGUUGGUUCCAGAGUAAACGAAAAGAGAUUCAAGCCAAAGGCACUUCGUCAUCUGGUGCCUUUGAUUGGGUUGUUGAAUCCCAUGAAGAUCUUUCAGAUUUGACUAUGUUCAGCAAUGCACCUGACAAUUCUCAGAAGCCAAAAGAUCCAUGCGUCACAGAUCUUUCAGAGUUGGCAUUUGAAGCAAAAUCAUCAAAAGACGGUGCAUGGUAUGAUGUUGCUUCUUUCCUCUCCUACAGAGUUGUCAGUUCAGGAGAACUAGAAGUUCGAGUUCGUUAUGCUGGAUUUGGUAGGGAGGAGGAUGAAUGGGUAAAUGUGAGAAGAGCAGUGCGUGACAGAUCUAUUCCUCUAGAAGAGUCCGAGUGUCAUAAGGUCAAGGUUGGGGAUCUUGUCCUAUGCUUCCAGGAACGAGAAGAUGAAGCUGUCUACUGUGAUGCCCAUGUUCUGGAAAUCGAGAGGAGCCUACAUGACCAAACAGGCUGCAGGUGUAUUUUUGUUGUUCGCUUCGACCAUGAUAAAAGCAAGGAACAAGUUUCGUUGGGAAGGUUAUGUUGCAGGCCUUCACAAUACACUUCUUCAGCCAUUGUUAAACCCAAUCAGGACAUCAAUACUAAGCAGGAGAUAAAUAGAGACAAGGACAUGAAGUUUUCUUUUCUUUAUUGAAAUGUGGCACCUCAGAUGUCAGUAAAAGUUCUUGAGAGUUCAAUCCUCAGCAUCAUAAUUAGUUUUUUUCAGCAAAAGUUUUCUUCCUUGGCCAUGCAAAGCAGGGUGUACUUACAAACACUUGAGCUUAUUACAGUCAAUGAUUAACCAGUAAAAAUUCUUGAAAAAUAUAUAUCAGUAGGGGAGGGGGGACCUAGAACCUGCGAUUUAUACUGACAAAUAACAAGUUGGUGCUCUGCAGAAUUCAUAAUAAGGAAUGUGGAUUAUAGAUUAGUGUGUGAAUUUCAUUCUCCAAAAUUAAUUUCUGUACUUAAACAUUUAUCCAAAAUUAAUUUUUGUACUUCAA